AUGGCCAACACAAACGACCCAUCCCUUCCAGAGGGUGAGAUCGGUGUCGACCUUUCCCGUAACCUCCAACCAGAGAAUACAGGGAGCAUGGACAAAGAAGACAACCUAGAUAUCUUUUCAGACAAUGAUAGCCUUACUCUAAGAACCUCAGCAACGCCAUUUGAAGAGGACUUUCCUGACAUACCUGAUGCUCAGACCGCAUACGCCCUACGCAAAAGGACCGACAACAAGGGGACAUAUACUUUCUUGGACCAGGACACGUCCGGGAACUUUGAUCCGUCCAAGGAAAAGCGUGUCUCCAAGAAGAAUAAGUCUUAUGCUGUAAAAUCGCCUAAGAAGGAUCCCGUGAAGGUACAAGGUAGCAAGGCGAGCAAAGCAGACAAGACGAGCAAGACGAGGAAGACGCAUAAUGCCCGUAACGCUCCCAAACCCACUGCCACCCGCAAACCCACCAAAGACAAGAACAAAGUAAAGUCUAAAACCCCUCCAUCCAAAAAGCAAGAGCAAGACAAAGCCGAGAAGUCGCCCCUUAUUGUUGAGCCCCGGUACAGCAACUACCUUACUCCGGAAGCUUUACGGAUACAACCAGUAGUGUCGCGCUCUCCAAGCCCAGACAUCCUCGAAGACACGGCUGGAAACAGGGGCCAAGUAAUUCGGAUGAAGACUAGCUUCACGCAUCCAAUUCAAUUCGGUGUCAGUGACGGUGACAUUGACACCUUGGAUUGUAGCUUUUGUAGUAUGGCUGAAUUUAGCUUUAUUGGCUACUUUGACCAAGAGGUGUACUGCAUAUGCUGGCAGAACGGGUGUGGAUAUACGCACAUAGCUGGCGGUCAGACUGAGAACGGCCCAACCAGUAUGUGCCAAUCUUGCACAAUAGGACGAGCACAGAUCGCUGUAUGUGAGGGUCAUGAUAUUCGACGCAUAUACCCAGAUGCUGUUACCGUGAACUUUGCAGAAGCUCUCAAUGAUUUGCUUACAGAGGAGGACUCUACUGCGGUCAGAAAGCAGUUACUACGAUGGUGCUCUAUGUGCUUUUCACCUGCAGUUUUCGCAUGCCGUAAACGUCAGCCAUCACUGUUUUCUGCGCAUGAAGAGAUUGACAGCUGCGGUCUAAGACUCUGCACAGCCUGUGAAACAAGGCUCAGAGAGACAUUUGAGGGAGAUGCAAAUGUUAUGGCUGCUACACUGGACGAUGAGGACAAAGCAAAAGAGGAAGACGAGGAUUUGCAUGGUAAAGUUAGAGCGGAUGUUGGGUUCUUGAGCAGAGAUGGUAUUCUGGUGAGGAAUCUGGGUUGUGCAACCGAGGAAGAAGAUGAAUAA